AUGAGUUCCGAACCGGCGGUUUCACUCCCUUCAUUUGGCGAAGGUGCCGCCGGCGAAGAGACAGAGCCCAACCAAAUAAUUGACGAGGAGUUGGCAGAACCUAGUCACGCCGCUGGUAGUGAAACGGUAGAACUUGGGCAAGGUGCCGUUGGGAACGUGGUAGAGUUAGACCAUCAUGACAAGCUCCUUUUUUGCCUGUCACACUGUGCUGCACGGUACCAGCACCGCGGAGCUGAGACGAAUGAUGAUGUUGGUAGAAGUGGCCACAGGAAGGGCAGCAGAUAUUGUGAGAUUGCAGUCAACCAAAUUCAUCCUAAGCGUUCGAAGUCGUUGAGAAGGCCAUCAUUGUCUCUGUUGGACAUUCGGUCACAGAUGGAGACCGUACUUGCUACACACUUGUUCCUACUGAUCAAUGUACAUCGGCGACUCCAUGAAAGUUAUUUUGAUUCUGGGACGCGUUCUGAAGCCACUGAUUUCCCCAUGUUCAAGAACAAUGUUGAGUCGCCAGAAGAGUUCUCCAGACAUACAAUGAGCCUGCAGUUGACCAUAGCCACCGAUGGCUUUGUACCAGCACCAGCUAAGCAGUACUUGUUUAGGCAGGAGCUUUGGCCACUACAUGUGCGCGUUGAUGAUCUUCCAUCGAAAAUAGGAAAUAAUUAUCUCAAUAUAAUCAUGGCUGGUGUGCUGUGGACGUCAAAAACACCCCACGAAGAGCUGUGGGAGGGUUUAUGGACUCACCUGGCUACAGAGCUAACUCUGGUGAACUCCAAUGAGCCCCUGCAGAUCCUUGGCAAUGUAACGGGCAAUCUGUGGACUAUCAGACUGAGACUGACGCAUGCAGUCGUGGACUACAAGGGACUACAAGACAUAUUUGGCAUACCUCGCUGGUUGUCCCGUUAUGGCUGCCAUAAAUGUCUUUUCCCGGGAAUUUCUGUUGGAAGAAAACUGAACUGGUACUGCAGCGAACCUCUACGUUUCACGAAGAGGACUUCAGCAAAUAUAUUAGAUGAUGCAGAGCUCGGACGGAAUGGUCUCAUGAGAAAAACUUCUGCGAUGGAUCUUUUUACGCCUGCGCAAUGUUGCGCAGAUGCCCUACACGUUAUAAGUGAAGGAGUCACUCAGGAUCGCCUAAGGGAUUUGCUUUUUCGCUCCUCAAAAUUUGACGAAAUGAAGCUCGGAGCUGAAAUAGUCGGUGAGCUCAAUCGAGUUUUGAUGAACAUCACCAACUACACGUACAGCUCGAGAUUCAUUCUUUGUAACGAAGAUUUACCCUCCAUGACGGGAGCUGAGAUUGACGCGUUCGCAAAUGUGGUAUUUCCGCUCGUAGGAGCACUAGCGCUGUGUCCUUCUGCUCUUAGUAGCGCCUCUAUCGUGGGCUAUUGGUUUUGCGUGAAAGAGCUACAGGCCGUGGAAGAUCUGACUGCAGUCAAGAUCCGCGUUAUACAAUCUGUGGCGCUGCACGUGAAGCAAAUUUGGAGUCGCCUAUCACAAGAAAUUUUCACAAUCAAAACACAUAACUUCUUCGACCAUUGUAUAUUGGAUGAGAUUGAGCAGCAUGGCAGCCCAUAUUUGUGGUCUGCAGCACCUUUCGAGGCUAUUCACCGUGUUCUGCAGAUACCCCACAAUCAGUAUGUGACGAAUUCGGACGCAAGAGUUCUCACCAGAUUCGUGACCAUCAAAAAAUUAGUGAGACUCAUGGAGGAGGCUGUAGAAAGGAAUCACUCGGAGAAUUUUGCUAAACUGCUUCGCGAUAUGCGAAACGAAGAGAAAAGAAGUCUGACACACAUGGCGCCCAAGAGGAAGUUCAGAUACGAAGACACAGGAGUAAAAAAGGCUGGAAAGGCCUCUCGUGCACGGCUGCUUGCAAAUCGCGAGAAUGUACGUGUGAUCGCGCAGUUGCGCGAUAGAAGGCCAGGAGAACAGAGUACUAGUGAUUUUGAUGAAGACACCACUGUAGGCGACGAGGAAGAACCUUUGUCGCUCAGCGAUCGCGUUCUCUACUAUGCUGCCCUUGUGGAGCACUCGGGAAUGUCAAAAGAAGCAGUAAGGAGGAUGGAGAAACUUAUGGGUGUAAUCUACGGAAAACCCCCUCCUUUUACGGAGAGGCAUCCGCUUAUACGAGUACGAUGCAGAACAAGGACAGCGAUACUCGCACACUGCAUUACAAGUCAACUUUUAGAAGCGAAGAAAACCGAAAGUGCAAAAGUGAUCACACGACCUAACGAGGUUUUCAACACGACGCGACAAAAUCCCGGAAACCGACACCUUUUUUCUAGUUGUACACUUUUGAGUGGCUUUAGAUCUUAA